AUGCCCAUGAUGGAGCGUAUGAGUUUGCAAGACCAGAUUGCGCUACCAGCGAAGAGUACAAUCAUCGUCGGUGUUCAUGGGAACGGCCUUACGCAUCAGCUCUGGAUGCCACCUUCAGAUCGAUCCACGGUCAUCGAAAAUUUUGAUCCUCCUUCCUACGCAUUGGACUAUGAAAUGUUGGCGAGAAAUAUGGGCCACAAGCACUAUGCAGUGCAAAAUAAUUCCCUACUGACGUUCUCCAAAGGUGAAACCCAUGAGGGCGUUCAUCAUACCGAAGGGUUCCAUGGAAACGAAAUUCCUGUUCACGGUCCAGCAGUCGCACAAGCUAUUCGACAGCGACUCACUGAGCGCAUCCCAUGA